GCCGUGCCCUCACCUCUCCCAUAACUUCCUCCUUUUGUCUGUCUUCUUUACUAAAACAAAUCGAAAACAAAAACCUGAGAUCAAGAGAGAGAGAGAGAGAGAGAGAGAUUUAGGGUUUUUUUUUUUACUUCGAUUUUUCUCCAAGUGCGAUGGAUCCUGCAGCUCAGCGACGCCUGAAGGCGAUCUCCGGCCACCUCCGCUCGUCGCCGGUGGAUGAUCGGGAGUCGCAGCUCGCUGCGGGCGCUACUGCCGGCGAGUUCGUCCACGGGCAGGGUUAUAGUGUUAGUCUUCCAGAAAAGCUGCAAAAUGGGAAGUGGAAUGUAUACAGAUCUGCACGCGCACCUUUAAAGCUUGUUGCUAGAUACCCACAACAGCCUGACAUUGCAACUUUACAUGAUAACUUUGAAUAUGCAGUUGAUACUUUUCGUGACUACAAAUUUUUGGGGACCAGAGUACGUCCAGAUGGUACUGUUGGAGAGUACAAAUGGAUGACUUAUGGAGAAACUGGUACAUCCCGUUCAGCAGUAGGUUCAGGCUUAAUAUAUCAUGGUAUACCUAAAGGCGCCUCUAUUGGACUUUAUUUUAUAAACAGACCUGAAUGGAUUGUAGUGGAUCAUGCCUGCUCUGCGUUCUCUUAUGUAUCAGUGCCACUAUAUGACACUCUUGGGCCUGAUGCUGUUAGCUAUAUUGUGAAUCAUGCUGCUGUACAUGUUAUCUUCUGUGUACCGCAAACACUGAGCACUAUAUUAAGCUUCUUAAGUCAGAUGCCAACUGUACGAAUGAUAGUGGUUGUUGGAGGAAUUGAAGAUAAUAUUCCAUCGGUCCCCUCACCUGAUGUGAAGAUAAUUACGUACUCAAAGCUACAUGAUCAAGGUUAUAAUAAUCUCCAACCAUUUUCCCCUCCAAAACCCGAGGAUGUUGCAACCAUCUGCUAUACAAGUGGUACAACUGGCACUCCGAAGGGUGCAGUGCUGACCCAUGCAAAUUUGAUUGCAAAUGCUGCUGGAUCUAGCUUGGGUAUCAAAUUUUAUCCCUCUGAUACUUAUAUUUCCUACCUUCCUUUGGCGCACAUCUACGAGCGUGUCAACCAAAUUUCACUGGCUCAUUUUGGGGUUGCUGUUGGGUUCUAUCAAGGGGAUAAUUUAAAACUGGUGGAUGAUAUGACCAUUCUUCGGCCCACUCUGUUUGCUAGUGUGCCUCGAUUGUACAACAGAAUUUAUGCUGGCAUAAUGAAUGCUGUAAAGCAAUCUGGUGGUCUAAGGGAGAAGCUAUUCAACGCUGCAUACAACGCCAAGAUGCAAGCAAUAUCAAAUGGAAAGGCACCAUCUCCAAUGUGGGAUAGACUAGUAUUCAACAAAAUAAAAGCAAGGCUUGGAGGGCGAGUUCGAUUUAUGUCUUCAGGUGCCUCUCCCCUGUCUCCAGAUAUCAUGAAUUUCUUAAGAAUAUGCUUUGGAGGCCAGGUUUUCGAAGGCUAUGGAAUGACAGAAACAUCUUGUGUGAUAAGUAUAAUGGAUGAUGGUGACAAUUUAACUGGUCAUGUUGGUUCUCCAAAUCCAUCUUGUGAAAUCAAGCUUGUUGAUGUUCCUGAAAUGAAUUACACAUCUGAUGAUCAACCAUAUCCUCGUGGUGAAAUUUGUGUUAGGGGGCCUAUAAUUUUCCAAGGCUAUUAUAAGGAUGACGUGCAGACCAAAGAGGUAAUUGAUGACGACGGGUGGUUGCAUACAGGAGAUAUAGGUUUAUGGUUACCUGGUGGUCGACUAAAAAUCAUUGACCGGAAAAAGAACAUAUUUAAGUUGGCCCAAGGUGAAUAUAUAGCACCAGAGAAGAUUGAGAACGUAUAUGCUAAGUGCAAAUUUGUUUCCCAGUGUUUUAUCUAUGGUGACAGCUUCAAUUCAUAUCUGGUGGCAAUUGUUGCAGUGGAGCAUGAUGUACUAAAAUCAUGGGCUGAAUCUGAAGGGGUCAAGGUUGCUUCCAAUCCCACUUAACCUGGAAUUCUUCCCGCUUUCCUGUGAAAAUCAUCCCUGUUUCUUGCUUUUGAGUCUAUUGAUACCAAUAGCUCUAUUGCAAGGUACUCCACUUUUUUUUUUUCUGUGGCUCACCUAAGGGUAGCUAAUAAUCAAGGAGAAAGGGGAUUUGUUAUCAUCCCAGUGACCUAAGGUGGACUUAAUCUUAGUUUUACAAGACCAACAAAAAGAUGAAUAAAGAUCAGCUAUAUGUGUCCCUAAUAACCAAAAUAUCCUAGUCCUAAUCUGAAUCCUAGACUAUAAGAUUCUUGGACAACAAUCCUAGUCUUACUAAACAAUCCCGAAUGAAUGAUAGCCCCUAAUAUUUUUUCCUUCUACUUUAAUUACCCUUGAUAUCCCAAAGAACUAAAAGAUACAAAGACUUGGAAGAUCUGUGGUACUUCCAUUGGUUCUCCUAGGAGAUUCAGGCGCACCCUUAGUUCUUGCCCCUUUUGAAGCAUCUACAUUAGGAGCUUGGUCCCUCCCCCUGACAUGCCUUAUGAUCUUCAAUGUAAAGUUUAGCAGUGAUGAUUAUACAAAAUAUAAAGGCAAAUAGGUUUCUCUUGCUUGCUGGCUCUCUCUGAAACCUACUAUAUGCACCCUAUUUGAUGGGUUAUAACUGAUAUGCCUUCGUUUCAUGUUAAUAUAAGAUAGCAAGGUGGGAUGACACACUAAAUAAUGGGAAGCUUGGUUGACACAAUUCAUGUGGGAUGACACACUAGAUAAUGGGAAGCUUGGUUGACACGAUUCAUUUAAUAACCAGAUUAAUUUGGUUGAGUUUAGGUUAUACCAAGUUAUCAGCAGCUUAGGUUAGCAUCUGAAUUUUUUUUUAGCUUUGUAAUAAUCAGAUCAGGUAUGGGCUAUCCAUGGACUGGUGAAAAUUUACCAGAACUAACCCCAGCCAUCCCCUGCACUAAAUCUGUUGAAUGCAACAGUUGUGCUUCACCUUGAGCUUUACCCCAUGUCAACAGUCUCAAAGCAGCAUGUUUAUCCACAAGAAAGGUCCAUCUGACUUUUGGGUUUAGAAAACUUUUUUGGUGCAAAGCCUUGAAGUGUAUAUUGAUGUAGCUAAUAGUUUUGGACCACAUUGACAAAAAAUGAUUACGCAGUCAAUAAUGAGGCAGGCUUAUAACAAUUUAUCUAUCUCAAUCACUUACCAGUAUACGAUUAAAUCCUCAGCUUGUAGUUUUUUCCAUACCAAUCCUACUCGAAGCACAAUAUCCUCUUAGAAUUUUUCCUGUGUUAAACUACCUAAGAGCACUUCCAUCAUUUUGGAUUCCUUCGAUGCUGAGGCAACAGGUAAAGCGGUUGAGGAAGUAGGUAGAUGAGGAGGUGGAUGAAUGUUAUUAAUGUGUUCCUGAUUUUGGAGAUAUCCUUCAUUUUCUAACUUGCGCCAUCUCUUCCUUUUGGCACAAGGAGUGACAAUAUUCUAAUAUACCAUUCUGAUCAGUCAUCUUUUUGCGGUAUCAAGAAACUUUUGAUGCAGUUAUAUUAUGCACCUAUGAAAGCACUGGGUUAAGGAAUUUCUG